AUGAAUCGUACAAAAAACGAUUUCCUCCGAGUACCUUCGGGACCAGACGAUGGCCGAAAAACGUCUGAAAAGGUUGCAAGCGGACCACAGUUUGGUUCUAAAGUUACAUUCAACGCUGGAUCCGUCUUAUUUGAACAAAGUCCUAAUGAAGCGGACGGACUAGUGCUGGAAAAGAAGUAUCAUCAAGUGUCACUGAACGAUAGCAGUGAGAGCAAGGGUGAUGAUCGCGAAGGUUGGGAUAACAAAAUGCAGUUCUUCAUGGGUGUCAUUUCCUAUGCCGUCGGACUGGGCAACGUCUGGCGAUUUCCAUAUCUGUGCCAAAAAAAUGGUGGAGGUCAGUUACUUCUUAUCUAG